AUGCACAUUCGGGGCUCAGCCUCAUGGAGCCCGGCGAGGGAGGUUUUCAAAGCCAAGCAUCGUCAGACGGGCAAGAAAGUAGCGCUGAAGAAAGUGUUGAUGGAAAAUGAGAAAGAGGGGUUCCCCAUCACAGCCUUGCGAGAGAUUAAAAUCCUCCAGCUGCUCAAACACGAGAACGUGGUGAACCUCAUUGAAAUCUGCAGGACCAAAGCCUCUCCGUACAACCGCUGCAAGGGCAGCAUCUACCUUGUGUUUGACUUCUGCGAGCACGACCUGGCUGGCCUGCUCAGCAACGCCCACGUCAAGUUCACGCUCUCGGAGAUCAAGAAAGUUAUGCAGAUGCUGUUGAAUGGACUUUACUACAUCCACAGGAACAAGAUUUUGCAUCGAGACAUGAAAGCUGCGAACGUCCUGAUCACGCGGGAUGGAGUCCUGAAGCUUGCGGAUUUUGGGCUGGCUCGAGCUGUCAGCCUGGCUAAGAACAGCCAGCCGAACCGCUACACCAACCGGGUGGUGACUCUGUGGUAUCGGCCACCAGAGCUGCUCCUAGGGGAGCGGGACUACGGUCCCCCCAUUGACCUCUGGGGCGGAGGCUGCAUCAUGGCGGAGAUGUGGACCCGCAGCCCCAUCAUGCAGGGGAACACGGAGCAGCACCAGCUCGCCCUCAUUAGCCAGCUCUGCGGAUCCAUCACGCCGGAGGUUUGGCCGAACGUGGAUAAAUACGAGCUGUACCAGAAGCUGGAGCUCCCCAAGGGCCAGAAGCGCAAGGUGAAGGACCGCCUGAAAGCCUACGUUAAGGACCCCUACGCGCUCGAUCUCAUCGACAAGCUGCUGGUGCUGGAUCCCGCCCAGCGGAUCGACAGCGACGACGCACUGAACCACGACUUCUUCUGGUCGGACCCCAUGCCUUCAGACCUCAAAAACAUGCUGUCUACCCACAACCAGUCCAUGUUCGAGUACCUGGCCCCACCACGCAGGAGGGGUGGGCACAUGCCCCAGCAGCCAGCAAACCAGGGCAGGAACCCGGCGGCCACCAACCAGACUGAAUUCGACCGCGUGUUUUGAGUGGGGGCUUCCCCAGCGGGGCCCCCACUGGGCUACUCCGCAGGUUGCAUUAAGCGGGGACGUCCUGGCGGGAUCUUCCAUCUGGGAAGGGACUUUUCUUCAAGGUGAAGCACCUGCUGGCUUUAACCGAGCUCUGCCGUCUUCUCUCCUCGCGCAGCAGAUCGGCCGCUGCGGAGCUGC